CUAAACUCCCUAUCCGUGUGAGAGUUGUUACGGCAGUUGCUCUGUGACACUCCCUCUUGCCGUUAUUACAGGUCCUCUUUAACAAAGCAAACAUGCUCUUACCAUCAGGGAAGCAAUGGAUUAUAGAACCCGCGAAGGGGUUCGAUGGGCUGCAGCUAAAACACAAUAUUCCUACCCCGAAUCCAAAGAACACUGAGUGCGUGAUCAAGUUUGAAGCCGUGUCCCUCAACUAUCGUGACAUAGCUAUGCCUCUGGGCGAAUAUCCCAGCAAGCUUCACGAAUGUUUUGUUCCAUGUUCGGAUGGCGCUGGCACAGUCGUUUCCGUUGGUCCAUCCGUCACGAAAUUCAAGGUUGGUGACAAGGUCACGCCGUGCUUUCUCCAAGGCCACGAUGAUGGCGAGCUGACGCCGGAAAAACGUGGGACAAGUCUAGGACAUCCUCGAGACGGAGUGUUGAGACAGUAUGCACUCUUUGAAGAAUCAGGUCUUGUGGCUGUUCCAGAGUAUCUGUCUACAAUCGAAGCAUCGACAUUCCCUUGUGCUGCCGCCACGGCUUGGAAUGCCCUAUUCGGUCUUGAGGGACGCCAGUUACAACCCGGACAGAGCGUUUUGACGCAAGGAACAGGGGGCGUGUCGUUGUUCGCCAUUCAAAUCGCACUUGCUGUGGGUGCUAUGGUGAUCGCUACGACAUCAUCAACGGAGAAAGAAGAAAUGCUCAAACAGCUUGGCGUACAGCACACGAUAAACUAUAGGACUGACCCUAACUGGGGGGAGACAGCCAAGAGGCUGUCCCCGGAUGGAUUGGGGGUGCACCAUGUCAUUGAGGUCGCCGGUGACUCAGGACUCCCACAAUCCAUAAAAGCAGUUCGCCUGGAAGGCACCAUCUCCGUAGUAGGUUUCUUGGGUGGCAUAGGGAGUCGGGGUGUUAGCUGCACGGAGGUUAUGUUCUCAUCGUGUGUGAUCAGGGGAAUGCACGUUGGCUCGAGGAAGCAGCUAGAAGAUCUGUUUCGAUUUUCCGAGGAGCACAGGCUUAGACCAAUUGUUUCUCACCCAACUUUUACGUUUGAUGAUGCCAGGGCUGCAUUUGAAUCCUUGAAGAGCCAGUCAACGUGGGGAAAGAUUGUUCUUCGGCUCGAAUAACGAAAAUGGUGAGCUAGAACAGCCAGUUCGACGUAUAUGAGCUACAUCGAACGGGUCAAGUCCAAUCGAGCAGAUUAUCAAAGACUUUCAUGAGAAAUGUCAUCAGCUCACUGAGGUUCCUCAGCUUCUUAAUGUUUCCCACUAUUCUAGAAUGACGCCGAUCAACUUUGCGAUUUCAGCUCGUCAGAGCACUGCUCUCUUCUGAUUCGAUGGAACAGACGUGCGAAAUUCGGGAAUUUCUACAGCGGCAGAGCUCCAUAACGGCCAUUUCAUAUAAAAGCUGUACAAAUCCUUCCCAGAGUGUUUCUUACGAGAACCAAAGGAUUACAGCCAUGCCAUGGCCGUAGGCAAACUCUUCGAUACUAUGGCCCAUUUGCUCAAAUUAUACAAUACAUUUGACGUCCUGGUAAAGUCCGUCCCUUUGUUCACAACCAAGUCUUGGCAUUCAGUACAAAUUUGACUUGUUGCGUUGAUGGACUUGCUACUAGUUUUGUAGAGCAAAAG